AUGGGUGCCUCACCGCCGCUGUCGCAGGUUCUGCCUCCCCUGCUGCUGGGGACGGCCACCUUCAACCAUCAGUAUCACCCCGAUCCCUCACGCAUGCCCUACGUCGAUAUUGUGCGAAAAGCCCUCGAGCACGGAAUCAACGCCUUUGACACCUCGCCUUACUACGGCCCCUCCGAGAUCCUGCUGGGCCAGGCGCUGCGACUCUUGACCCCGCCCCCGCCGCGAGAGGGAUAUUUCCUCGUCACCAAGGCUGGCCGCAUCAAGUCGGACGAAUUCGACUACUCGCCGGCGUGGGUGCGAUACAGCGUCUGCCGCAGCCUGGAGCGUCUCGGGACGCGGUACCUGGACUUGGUCUACAUGCACGAUGUCGAGUUUGUGUCUGCCGCCGAGGUCCUGCAGGCCGUCAAGGAACUGCGCCGCCUGCGCGACCAGGGACUGAUUCGCUAUGUUGGCAUCAGCGGAUAUCCCGUCGGCACUCUCGCAUCGCUGGCGGAGAUGGUCCUGAGGGAGACGGGCGAGCCUCUGGAUGCCAUUCUCUCCUACGGCAACUUCUGCCUGCAAAACUGCCAGCUUGGGCGAGCCGACUUUUUGCAACGAUUCCAGGCCGCCAGGGUGGAGUGUCUGCUCAACGCAAGCAUGCUCAACAUGGGCCUGCUGACGACUCGCGGUGUUGACAACGGCCCUAUGGUCUCCUGGCACCCCUCGCCGCCGGAGCUGCGCAAGGCCUGUACCAAGCUGUCACAAAUCGCACAGGAUAACGGCGAGCACCUUGAGGGGGUGGCCAUCCGGUGGGCUCUGGAAAAUUGGUCUCGCGCAGGAAGGGACUUUGGCACAACGGCAUAUGUCGGGGCUGGACCUCGCAUCGGUGCAAGCGUCAUGGGUGUCACGGCCAUCACAGAGCUCGACGAGACUUGGGAUCUAUGGAGAAGCGUCAUUGGCCCUGUCAUCGGCACCAAGGACGAAGCCGCAACGCAGAAGAGCAACAAGAUCAAGAGGCUUGUCGAGGACAAGAUGUGGCCUACCCUGGGCUCAUGGAAGGAUCACGCCUGGGAGAGCGGCGGCGAAACAUUUGUCAAUGCCAGAGUGACGCCUGGACAGAUUCCCAACGACGAGGUUGCCGAGAGAUGGGGACUGGUUCCUUCAGCAGCGGCUGUUGCCAAGUUGUAA